CAUGAGACUUCACAGAAAAACAUCAAAAAGAAAUAGGAUAAAAUACAAGUAUUCAACUUUAUACUCACAGUGUAUUCAGACAAGCAGCAGCAGGAAUAAGAUGCUGUCGCACCCUCACACACCUCGAUCAGAGCUGUAACCUCCACAUGCUGCACAAAAAAUAAUAACGUACAGACUCAUACCUCCAUUUCAAAAUGAAGUUUAAAUAAGGAUUAAAGACAACUGAAGCUGAAAAGACAGAGGCAGGAGGUUUCACAUAUUUAUUUAGACUGUAUCUAUAUAUAUAUGAACAUAAAUACAGGAGGAGCUGUAGCCACAGAACAGUUACUGAUGCAGAGACAGUGCAGCAUCAAUCAGCUGAAUCAUCCAGCUGGAGCCCACUUCCCUCCUGCUCCUCCCCCCUCUGUAGGAAUAUAUGCUGGGAUAUGAUGUCCCCUGACUGUCUGCUGAGGGAGGAGUUUAUUAGACACAGAUCAGUUUAGGAGAAAGCAACAUGUGACAAAAUAUUACAGCUCCUGCACAAUAACCUGAGGUCUCUCUGGGUCGUGGUAAUCCUGUAACAUAAUGACAAACUUCAGCUGCACCUUCAAGUCCUGCUGCUGCAGACAGGAGGUGAUCAAUGCUGCUGCCAACAGAUAGACGAGCAGUUCUUCUAAUCAAUAAUCAGGAGCUGAGGCGCUGUGUGUUUUUAUUUGCUCAGGUAAUUUCUUGCAGUGUGGCGCCUCCUCUUGCCCGCGUUUUCCAACCAACCCUCUCUCUCUCUCUCUCUCUCUCUCUCUCUCACGCACGCUCUCACGCACACUUCCUCUCCAGCAGUCCUGUGCAGCAGCAGCCUCCUCUCCUCUGCUCUCCUCAGAGAUGGAGAGCUGGUAAAAGUGCGGCGGCAGCAGCGGCGGCUCUCCCCUCCUCGCUCCUCGCUCCUCGCUCCGGUGGAUGUUGGAUGUACCAUGAGGUCUCCGCGGCUCUGGGCGGCUCUGUGCCUCCUCCUCACCGCCUCCUGCCGGCUCUGCGCGGCCGCCCGAUACGGUUGUCUGUUUGAGAAGAAGCUCUGUCCCAGAGAUCAGCUGUGCAACGACGAUGGUUUGUUCGGACAGUGCCAGGCCCCUCACCAGGAGCCGGUCCAGUACCAGGUGUCUGUACCCGCCCUGCACAAGCUGCAGGAAGUCCUCAAAGACCUGAUGGUGCAAGGUCUGACGUGGAGGGAUGACGUCACCCAGGCGAUCAUCAGCCGAGAGCUGAGUAAAAUUCCCACCGUCGGCGCCUCCUCUGAACUCCACGAGAAGACGCCCAAACAGGCCUCCAGGCUGCCGGGCUCCGGUCAGCAGAGGGUUCAGGGACCCGAGGAUCCAGCUGACCCCGAGCUGAUGCAGCAGUACGUGGACUACAUGAUCCUCGAUCCGUCACGAUCCUCCGUCCACAUGCAGACGCCUCUGAUGGACCCGUACACCUACCACCAGCAGCAGUACGGCUACCAGGAGGAGGAGGAGCGCUCCCUCAACUCUCUGGACGAUAAUCCAGCCUUCCCGCUCCUCGCCUCCCCCUCUCGCUCCAGAUCCAGAGGAAACCCUUUGGACCGAGACCGUCAGCUCCUCCAGGACCUGGUGUCCUUUUACCUCACCUCCCCUUCCUCCUCGUCCUCCUCCUCCUCUUCUGCUUCCUCCUCGUCCUCCUCGUCCUCACCUGUGCAGUCCCUCUCCCGUCACAGGGGGGCGGUAGCAGCAGCAGCAGCAGCAGCAGCAGGUUUCCCCUCUUCAUCAUCCUCAUCCUCCUCGUCCUCCUCUUUCCUCCCGGAGCUGGACUUCCCUCUGGACUACGGCGAGGACUAUGUUUCCCAGAUGUCCCAGCUCAGGAAACAGCAGCAGCAGGAGCAGGCGGAGAAGAAGGCGCAGAAGGAAUACAACACCCUGUCAGGACUAGACGAGAGCUCUCUGCAGAGACUGGCCCUGCUGCUCGAUCAUUACGGCCUCGACAUGAAGGACUUGUCCCCCGAGCAGAAAGACAACGUGCCGGCCGCCCUGAAGCAGCUGCAGCUGGAGAGCUCCUACGCUCACAAACAAACCAAAGAUAAAUAUGGAAACAGUGCUGUCACAGGGAAGAAGGUCACAGAGGGUUCUCUGGUGAACAAGAUGGUGGCCCAUGAGGCUCCGCCCUCCACCGCCAAGUCCUCCAGACCAGAGGCGCCGGACAAAGAGACGACUCCCACCGUGACAUCCAACCAGGACAAACUGGGAAAGAUGGAGCCGGCAAACAAGGCGGAGGAGUACGGAUACAUCGUCACCAACCAGAGCCCCCUCGGUCUGAACGACGGGGUGCGACUGUUGGAGCUGCUGUCAGAGAGGAUCGGCCUCUCCACCGGCUCCUUCAUCAGCAUCAGUGUCGUCGGACCGGCCGUCACCUUCAGGAUCAGACCCAACUCCAAGAACCUGACAGCUGGAGACGUGGCAAAGACAGCAGUUGCAGAGAAGAACUUCCUGGAGUCGGAGACGGGCCUGAAGGUGCUGCAGAGCGGCGUCGGAGAGAGGAAUGAUGGGAAAGCGUUGCCCCUGGCCACCCGAGUCCAGCCGGGCUCCCGCUGGGUGUUUGCCACGCUGGUGGCCAUGGCCUGCAUCGGCGGCAUCCUGGUGGCCGCCAUGACCAUCGCCUGCCUGCGCCACCACGCCCACCGACUGGCGGCGAAGAAGCUCGGCCUGGGGCCGGAGGGAGGCAGCUUCAGCCACCAGGAGUACCAGGACCUGUGUCGCCAGCACAUGGCCUCCAAAGGCGCCUUCGGACGCCUGGAAGCCGCCGCCCUGGGUGCCGUGGGAGGAGCGAGCGGAGGAGGCGGAGGUGGAGGAGCUGCCGGCGUCGGGGGAGGAGGUGGGGGAGCGGCGGGGGCGGCGGGAGGCGGAGGCGCAGACUCGAGGGUGAGCAGCGUGUCGUCCCAGUUCAGCGACGGAGCCCAGCCCAGCCCUAGCUCCCACAGCAGCACGCCGUCAUGGUGCGAGGAGCCGGCACAGGCCAACAUGGAUAUCUCCACCGGUCACAUGAUACUGGCCUACAUGGAGGACCACCUGAGGAACAAGGACCGUCUGAUGAAGGAGUGGGAGGCUCUGUGCUCCUACCAGGCCGAGCCCAGCGCCGUGUCUGUGGCUCAGAGCGACGCCAACGCCAAGAAGAACCGCUGCCCCGACUCUGUGCCCUAUGAUCACUCCAGGGUCAAGCUGAAAGCAGAGAUCAACCCUUCGCGGUCCGACUACAUCAACGCCAGCACCAUAAUCGAGCACGACCCCCGGAUGCCGGCCUACAUCGCCACCCAGGGCCCCCUGUCACACACCAUCUCUGACUUCUGGCAGAUGGUCUGGGAGAACGGCUGCACUGUGAUCGUGAUGAUGACAGCUCUGGUGGAGGACGGAGAGAAACAGUGUGACCGCUACUGGCCUGAUGAAGGCUCAUCCCUCUAUCACAUCUACGAGGUGAACUUGGUGUCGGAGCACAUCUGGUGUAACGACUUCCUGGUGAGAAGUUUCUACCUGAAGAAUGUGCAGACGCAGGAAACCAGGACACUCACUCAGUUCCACUUCCUCAGCUGGCCGGCUCAGGGCAUCCCCACCUCUACACGCCCUCUCCUUGACUUCCGCAGGAAGGUGAACAAGUGUUACAGAGGACGAUCUUGUCCCAUCAUCGUGCACUGCAGUGACGGUACGGGCCGGACUGGGACUUACAUCCUGAUCGACAUGGUUCUGAAUCGCAUGGCUAAAGGUGUGAAAGAGAUCGACAUCGCUGCGACUCUGGAGCACGUCAGGGACCAGAGGCCUGGGAUGGUUCGCACCAAGGACCAGUUUGAGUUCGCACUGACGGCCGUCGCUGAGGAGGUCAACGCCAUCCUCAAAGCUCUGCCCCAGUGAGACCAGGACGAUCCAGACCAGCCUCCAGUCUGAUGCUGACCCCUCAAACCCUGACUCUCGCUCUCAGACCCACCCCAGACCCUUUGCUUUCCUCUCUAAUGAUGAUGAUGAUGAUCACGCCUUUAAAACAUAACAUCACAUGAAAUAAAAAAUGAGGAGCUGUUGGACGACUUCAAGGUAUGGGAGGAUUUCCACAGGCUGGUUUUUAAUUUUCAGAUUUUUAACUGUUUGUGGCUCAGUUGUGAUGCAUUCAGGGACAUUCAGAGGAUUAAAAGUGUUGUAUUCACUGAUAAUCUGAAACCUCAUCCACGCUGCAUGUUACACAAACUAAUAUUCUCAGAUCCCUCUGGAGUCAGCUUUAAUGACUUUAUGUUCUAUUUGUUUUGGUUUACCUCCUCACCCACCAGGCAUGCUCCUUUUUUCUGCACAAACUCAGCUGUGAGUCUCAUUCUGUCAGUUUGUCAAACCAUCUAAAUCAUCUGACAGCCAGUGAACGAGCCUCAGACUGUUCAAACAUCAGAUUUGACCUCAGCCUGUGGAAAUCCAGCCUGACGUCCUGGUAGCUGUGCUCCACUUUAACCUGAACUGAAGCAGAAACUUGACUAUGUUUUCCUCCAGAAAGUGAGGGCUGAUGCUGAAUCCUGAUGGUUUACAUGUGUAGCUUCCCCUCCUCCCCUCACUCGACUAACACCUGCAGAAAAUACUAACAUCCUGCGUCCUUCUCUUUGUGUGCCAUUCACAUCAUUUGAAGUGGAUAGAUUGUUGUAUACCUCACGCAAGUCAGAAAAUGAAAUAAAAAAAAAGAAAGAAAUGCUAUUCUAUGAAAAAAAAAUAAAAGCUAUUUUGUAUCUGUGAGACCUUAAAUAAAUCUUUUCGUGUUUAAGUGCUGCAAUCA